UGUGGUUAAUAACUUUAUUACAGUACUUUAUUUAGUGUACAAUUCUUAACAAAAGAUUAGUCAACUGUAGUGUUGUAAAAUAAGUCAGAAGUAGAAUUAGACAUUGAACUAAAUUAUUGUAGGAAUUGGUGAAUCAUCAUUUACAAAUAUUCUUAACAUCAAGCUUUAAUACAGUUUACGUAAAGGUGUGUUGAGUUUUUGUCAAAAUGGAGUGGUUAUUUGGUCACCGCCUGACUCCUGAGGAGAUGCUUCGUAAGAACCAGCGUGCACUCAACAAGGCCAUGCGUGACCUUGACCGGGAGCGCCUUAAGAUGGAGCAGCAGGAGAAGAAAGUCAUCGCUGAUAUCAAGAAGUUGGCCAAAGAUGGACAAAUGGAUGCAGUGAAAAUAAUGGCGAAAGACCUGGUGCGUACGCGGCGUUACGUGCGCAAAUUCAUGCUGAUGAAGGCAAACAUCCAGGCGGUGGCUCUUAAGAUCCAGACCCUCAAGUCGCAGAGCACGAUGGCGCAGGCCAUGCGCGGCGUGACUCGCGCCAUGGCCACCAUGAACCGCCAGCUCAACAUGCCACAGAUACAGAGGAUAUUGCAGGAGUUUGAGAAGCAGUCGGAAAUCAUGGACAUGAAAGAGGAGAUGAUGAACGACUCCAUCGACGACGCCAUGGAGGCCGACGACGACGAGGACGAGAGCGACGCGGUGGUGGCGCAGAUCAUGGACGAGCUGGGGCUGCAGGUCAACGACCAGCUCUCCGGCUUGCCGCAGGCCACAGGCUCGCUCUCCGUCGCCAGCAAGCAGCCGUCGGCGGUGGCGGCGGGCGCGGGGGGUGCUGGGGGCGCGGGGGGUGCGCCAAUGUCGGACGCGGACGCGGAGCUGCAGGCGCGCCUCGACAACCUGCGCCGAGAGUAACCCUGUGUCUGUAACUAUAGCAAUAUGUACGAGUUAAUACUAUUCUAGUAAUAUAUAUCAUUUAAACAGAAACUUUCUAAUACUGAAAAUUAUAAUAAAU